UUUGUACUUUUAAUGUCUGCGCAUGCGCGUGCGGUGAAUUUGAAAACAAGAAAGCGACGAACUGUUUCCGCGAUCGGUGGUGAAUUAAAGUCACGAAGAAACCGGGAGAGAGGAUCGAGGAGAGCUCUUUCAUCGACCAAAAUUCAUCAUGUCUCGUCAGGGAUCAGCACUAUCCACUCAGGAUCCUAACGUGGUCAGCCGUGUAAGCAAGCUGAGACCACCUUCUAAACUUCCUACCAAGCUUCCCCAACCUGGCUUCAAGAGGGCCCUCGUGGCGGAUAAUCAGGCAGAAAAUGCUGCCCCAGAAAAGAAGAAAACUCGACUUGAUACGACGGAGGCUGCACCUGCAAGGAGACCUGCCCUUCCUGCUGUGCGGAAAACAGGUCCAGCUGUGACAGCGAGGGGAGGAACUGCGAAACCAAUUAGUAAACCGGUAGCUGCUAGACCCGGUUUGGCGACAGCAAAACCACGGGUCGGAGCGCCGUCAAAACCAGCUGCACCUUCUAAAUCAGCCCCCAAAUCAAGAGCAGCCCCCGCUACCACCAGACCUGGCACCAGGACAACAGCUCCACCACCAAGCAAAACAGCUGGUACCAAGAGCAAGAGGCAGCCAUGGGACUUGAAAGGUCGGUUGGCAGACAUGGAAGCCGCUAUGGGAAGCAGGAUAGCGGCCAACCAGGACCUCGAAGGAAGGAUCACUGAAAACAAUGACAGAAUCGCCUACUUGGAAAGCUUGAAUCAACAGCUGAAAGGCACUGUUCAGAUCAAGGAGUCUUUAUCCAAUCAGGCAGAGGAGACUAUAAGAUCUUUGGAGAGGAAACUCAGGGAUGCUGAAGAUGAACACGCUAUAGUUGAACGGCGUCUCAAUCGAGAGAAGGAAGACUUGGAGAUGACGAGAUCGAGUCUCAAAAGACAGAUGGAGACAUUAGAGGGCGACCUUUCAGCGUCUCGACAGGAGUGUUCUGGUCUGAAGAGCUCUAUAGCGUCAAUGACAGCAGCUCAGGCCGGUUAUAUUGCCCAGUUGGAUGCCACUAAGCACCAGCUUGAGCAGUCUGUAGAGUCCGGUAGGCAAAAGGACACCAGGAUAUCUGAUCUGGAGGCGGAGGUCGAGGCGCUGAAGGCCAGCGUCGCGGAGAAAGAAAGCAGGAUCAGGGAUGAGGAGACAAUCAGGAGAAAGCUUCAUAAUACUAUACAGGAAUUGAAGGGUAACAUUCGUGUCUUCUGCAGAGUGCGCCCUCUCCUUAGCUCAGAACAGGUUGCAGGAGAUGAUAUCCCUCACAUCAACUUCCCCGACGUCGACGGUAAAACACUGGUGCUGGACAAACUCAGUGAUGUUAGCCUCAAUGAGAGUACAAUGAGCACGAGGAAUGGGCGAAACGGAACAUCCCAUUACGAGUUCAAUUUUGAUCGUGUCUUUGAACCCGUCUCAAAGCAGUCCGAGGUCUUUGAGGAAAUCUCCCAGCUUGUCCAGAGUACCUUGGAUGGAUACAACGUAUGUAUCUUUGCCUACGGUCAGACAGGAAGUGGUAAAACCUACACGAUGGAAGGACCUGAAGAAGUCAAUGAAGAGAACGUUGGUAUGAUCCCGAGAGCUGUUCAGCAAGUCUUUACAACGGCUGCAGAUCUAGAAGAGAAAGGUUGGAAGUAUACAUUCCAAGCAAGCUUCCUGGAGAUAUACAACGAGACUAUCCGUGAUCUGUUAGGAUCGCCUAACUCGAAGGUCAAGCACGAGGUCCGUAUGGUGGAAGCAAAGUCCAGUGAGGUCGAGGUGACGAAUAUCAACAUCGUAGAUGUCACGUCAGAGAAUCAGGUCAACAGUCUCUUACAUAAAGCAUCGCAGAACCGAGCCGUAGCAGCGACUAAUUGCAACGAGAGAUCAUCAAGAAGUCACAGCGUGUUCAGAUUGAAACUCACUGGUCAGAACCAAAUCACAUCAGAAAAUUGCCAAGGCACACUGAACCUGGUUGAUUUGGCUGGAAGUGAGCGACUAUCAUCGUCUGGUUCAACCGGCGAUCGUCUCAAAGAAACCCAGAACAUCAACAAGAGUCUCAGUAACCUUGGCAAGGUGAUCCUGGCCCUGGCAAACAAAGACUCUCACAUCCCCUACAGGAAUAGCAAACUGACUCACCUCCUUCAGAACUCACUCGGAGGAAAUUCAAAGACGUUAAUGUUUGUCAACAUUUCACCCAAAGAAGAGAACUUUCAAGAGACACUCUGUUCUCUGAGGUUUGCUACCAAGGUUAACCAGUGCAACAUUGGGACAGCGCAGAAGAAGAUAAAAUAAGCGCAGCUUCGCGAAGCAUCGGGGUAACCAUACAUGGA